ACUCACCAAUGGGCUGCCAAGAUGGAGCCUGUGCCUCAAGAACAUUCUGGAUUUGGCCCAAUCCACAGCUACGAGCGUUUACGUCACUCAAUACACAUUUCCAAACAGCUGUUGUAAAUAGAAUGACAGACGGCUAGCUAGUCUUUGAUACCGACAAUAAGCAUAUAUUUUUACUACUUCGGAUGUCCAUUACAGGCUUUUGCCUCCUAAAAAUGGACUAAACGAAAGUUAGACCUGAAUUUAAACUGCCACCGCCUCAGCGCUCUUUGGAACAUCAAAACGUGAUGCAUUUAGCUAGCUAACGUUGCAAACUUGUACUAACGAGUUAACGUUAGCAGGCUAGCAAGGACGGUACUACUUGGACCAAGGGGAAUUGAGCAGUUCGCUAACAGUCUGGCUCGCUAAUUUAUUGUUAUCAAUCUGGACAGCUGACCAAUUAGCUAGGCAGCUAACGUUAGGUAGCUAGUUUACGCACGCUGCUUUGCUGGAGAAGUGGGCCCACGCUAAGAUAGCCGGUCAGACGCGCCCACCUAACAUUAGCUAGGUUAACUAAUUAACUAACGUUGAUGCUCAUAUCUCCCGCCUGUCCGCUGGUCAGACCGGGGAGACUGCCCUGUCACGGAGCUUCGUUGUGGCCGAUGCCACCGGCCCCGUCUGCGGAGGGAAGCGAAGCACCAGUUCCUGGAAAAUCCGAACGGGACUGUGGCUGUGUGCGCAGUGACAGCUCUGUAUUUGAUUGUAGUUAGUUAGCCAGCUAACCGUUAGCCAGUGCUGUAGAACCAGUGUAAGGUGAGGAGCGAUGGGGGAGUUAAAUAAAGAGGUUGUGGAUAUAGUUUGGGAAAGACCAGGCAGCAACGGGAUGUCCGCUUCAAUCUUUCGGAGAUGGACCCAAGGGUUGGUCUUCAGUGAGACAGAACACACAGCACUGGAGCAGUUUGAAGGAGGACCCUGCGCUGUCAUUGCUCCUGUACAGGCCUUCCUUCUGAAGAACAUCUUGUUUAACAGAGAGAGUUCUAACUGGAGACACAUCACAGAGGAGGAGCAGAAAGCGGCCCUGUGUUCUACUCUGGCUGAGAUCCUGGAACAGGCCUGCUCUACCUCCUCCACUACCUCCUACUGCCUAGUGACCUGGGCCAAGGGACAGAGCCCCCACACUACCACUCACACACCCCUCACAGGGGGUCCAGAGACCAGCCAGACCCUGCAAGACCAGCAACCUACUGCUUUGGCUGCUGAGGAUCUUGGCUUUGAGCGGUUUCACAGCAUCCUCCAAAAGCGUAUUGUGAAGUCAUUAUCAGAGCUUAGAGAGGAGGUUGUGUCUCUCUACGAAACCUGGAAAGGGCGCUGUGGAGUCCUGCUCUUCCUCUACUCUGUCAUCCUCACCAAGGGGAUAGAGAACAUCAGGAAUGAGAUUGAAGAUACUACAGAGCCUCUCAUAGAUCCAGUCUAUGGCCACGGCAGUCAGAGUCUGGUUAACCUGUUAGUGACGGGCCAUGCUGUCUCUAAUGUGUGGGACGGAGACAGGGAGUGCUCUGGCAUGAAGCUCCAUGGUAUCCACAACCAGGCAUCAGUGGGCUUCCUCACUCUCAUGGAGUCACUACGCUACUGCAAGGUGGGUGCGUUCCUGAAGUCUCCGAAGUUCCCUAUAUGGAUCCUUGGCAGUGAGACUCAUCUCUCAGUGUUCUUCGCCAAGACUACCCCAGGGAAUCUCCCGGUGUGA